CCUGUAACGGUAGUAUUGACAGAGUGAGUCGCAAAAGACAUUUCCAACGAGUAAGAUGGAAACUAGUUGUUUAUUCAAUCCUGCUGUUAGAGUGAAAGUCGAGCCUUGUGAUGUUUUGCUUACCCAAACUAAUUAUGAAACCAUCGACGAGAUACCCGUAACUGAAAAUGUCAAGUACGAAGGGUUUCUUCAAGAAAACAGGACCCAAGAGUUUCAAGACAAUAAGCUUGACGACAUUCAAAUCGAAUUGGAAUGUACAGACAUGAAGCCCAAUUUAUUGGCGGUUGCGAAAAUAGAAGAUUAUUCUCCAAGUCAAAGGCUGGAUAGCGAUGAGUAUAAAAUCAGAAGCACAAUUAAAUUAGAAACUGUUGAGUCAGUGAAGAAAGAAAUUUUGAGGGAAGGAGAAAAUGAUUUAAAUUUAGGACGUGGACUCAGCGAGAAAAAUAAAAAUAGCAGUGUUUUGAAAGGGAUGAACUAUAAACAUAGGCUAAUAACUCACAUUGAAUCAGCUCGAAACGGCAAUAUCAAACCUGCAUGUGAUGUAUGUGGAAAAUCAUUCGGAUAUAAAAGUCAUCUCCGAAGACACAUCGAUUCGAUACAUCGUAAAAUAAGGUAUGCAUGUGAUAUAUGCCAAAAGACAUUCGCACAGAAAACGAAUCUCAAAGUCCACGUCAAUUCGGUACAUAAUAAAAUUACUUAUACAUGUGUUAUAUGCCAAAAGACAUUCACACAAAAAAGGAUUCUCAAAGUCCAUAUCGAAUCGGUUCAUAAUUAAUAAAAUUACGCACAAAUGUGAUAUUUGCCAAAAGACAUUCUCAGACAAGAGUAGUCUUAGAAAUCACGUCGAUUCGAUGCAUAAUGGUGUCAGUCACGCAUGCGAUAUUUGCAGAAAUGUUUUUAAACGAAGAGGCGAUCUCAAAACUCACGUCGAUUCGGUGCAUUAUAAAAUUAUGCAUCCAUGUGAUGUAUGCCAAAAGACAUUCUCAAACAGGAGUAAUCUCAGAAAGCACAUCGAGUCGGUGCAUAAUGGUGUCAGAUAUGAAUGCGAUGUUUGCGGAAAGAAUUUCACAAGCAAAAGUAAUCUCCAAACCCAUAUCGAUGCGGAACACAAUGGAAUCACCCACGCAUGUGAUUUCUGUGAAAAAAAAUUUAAAUAUCAAACUGAAAUCGCUAGACAUAAAAAAUUGUCGCACAAUGGUAUCAUACAUUCAUGCGAGACAUGCGGCAAGACAUUCGGACAGAAAAGAAAUCUCAGAGCUCACAUCGAUAUGGCGCAUCCCUCGCUCAAUAAGUCCCAAUAAAUGUUUAAAUUUAUGUUCAAUUGUGCAUAAAACAGCGUCUAGUACAUUUUUUGUGAAAUUAGGAGACUUAUUAGAAAAUGAUCAUUCAUUGCAACAAUUUUAUUCUUCGUUAUGUUAUUUCGCUGUCGCAUACCUAAAAAUAACGUUCAAGAUGGAAAAACAGCAAUAAUGAGCUCAAUUUGAUUCUUUAAUAAUAAAAAAAUGAUGAACUUUUCUAUCGGAUUCUUUUCAGAAUGUUCAAAAUGUUCGAACAAAUGUGUAUAAAGAAAAAGGAAAACUUCAAUUCUUCUUUUUAUCUUAAGCAAAAAGACACGUGUAAACUUUUUUUUAAAUAACCUUAAUUUUUAUUGAUAAAUAUUAAGACGUAAAAUUGGGCAUGGAUAACGAUGAUAAUUAUAAAUAUUAUAUAAAAAAGACGAAAUUUUGUAAGAUUCAAUAUUGUUUGACUAAUAAAAAAUUGAAUAAACA